GUGCUUGUAAACAGAGGCUCACACGUGACAUCGAGAUCAGAGCUGGCGACCGCAUUGUCUGAUCGGACAAAGAACAGCCCUGAGCGCGAGCGUCGGCCAGGUGAGCGGCCAGGUGAUAUGACAACCGAGGUUUUUUACAGCAACAUGAAGUCGACUCCACUCUUUUUGUGGGACCGCGGUGCCGGGACGGGUUCGGUGGUUUGAACUGGGUGUUUUAAUCCCAUAUCCGACCGCUUGAGGGUUAACGACCUUCGCUGCGUUUUGGGUCGCUCGCGAGCAGCUGGGUUCACAGCCUUUGUUUCGGCUCUAAAUUCAAUGAAUCUUUUGUUUGGUGUUUUAAGCUAAUGUUAGCUGUCGUUAGCUAACAUUAGCAUUUAACCUUGUUUGUCGUCAAAAGAGAUUUGUUUUCUCUUCGACGUUCAAGUGCUUUUUUGAAACUGGUUGGAUGAGAUGUCAUUCGCCAUGGAGGAUAACUUGGAGUCCGGAUGGGUGUCGGUCCGGCCCAAAGUGUUCGACGAAAAGGAGAGGCACAAAUUUGUUUUCAUCGUGGCCUGGAACGACAUUGUGGGAAAGUUCGCCGUAACCUGCCACAACAGAACUGUUCAGAGACGAAGCACUUUCCUGGAUCUGGACUCUGACCCCGCUGCUGAAAAGCACUCAGGAAGUCCGAACAGAGCGAAGAAAGACGGGACCCGCCAGGCGGGCAGAGCUGGACCGCAUAAUUCUGUCCCCGAGGGCGCAAACACAAGAAGUCCUGGAGCUGGAGACAAAACCAGUGCUUUCCAGUGUCACACACUGGGGUCCUGGGACGUAGUGACAACCAAGGCGGGGCUGGACAUGGAGGUCCUGGAGGCCGCGGAUGUCCCGCUGUCUCCCGAAGACCCAGCGGACGGUGAGCCCAGCGGCCGGGAGGACUUCAGCUGGGCCGGGCUGUUCUCCUUCCAGGACCUGAGAGCCGUGCACCAGCAGCUGUGCGCCGUCAACUCGGACCUGGAGCCGUGCUUGCCCUCGUUCCCGGAGGAGCAGUCCGGCGUGUGGACGGUCCUGUUCGGAGGGCCCGGCAUGUCGCAGCGGGAGACGGAAGCCGUGUGCUACCAGCUGCAGGUGUACCUGGGCCAUGCCCUGGACACUUGCGGCUGGAGGAUCCUCUCCCAGGUGCUUUUCUCCGACAGCGACGACGCGGAGGAGUACUACGAGAGUCUGGGUGAGCUGAGGCAGAAAGGCUACGAGGAUGCUCAGGAGGCGGCCAAGAAACGCAUGCAGGAGGUGUUGGACAAGCACAGAGCUAUGGACAACAUGGUGGAUCUGCUACAAGUGUAUCCAGAAGAAGACGAGGCAUACGGAGACCUGCUGGAGGCUACGACUCAACUCUAUCACUACUUGCUUCAACCCUUCAGGGACAUCAGAGAACUGGCAACUCUGCGCCGACAGCAAAUUAAGAUCUGCCUGGAGACGGAGCGUCUGGGCCCUCGACGAGUGGAGAGCCUGAGGAAAGAGAAUGAGGAGUGGCAGAGGAAGGCCCAGGCUGCAGUGCUCUCCAUUCAAGACCUGACAGUCAGGUUCUUUGAAACCACGACUCGAGCUCAGAAAGCUGUGUAUGAACGAAUGCGUGCAGACCAGAGGAAGUUUGGAAAGUCGUCGUGGGAAGCAGCGGCUGAACGUAUGGAGCGUCUGCAGUACGCUCUCUCUAAAGAAACUCUGCAGCUCAUGAGGGCCAAAGAAAUCUGCCUGGGGCAGAAGAAACAAAGCCUAAAGGAAGAGAUACAGAGUCUGCAGGGUGGAGAGGACGCCGUGGCACGUGUGGACCAGCUGGAGGUAUUGUACUACGAGUUGCAGCUGCAGCUGUAUGACAUUCAGGUUGAGGUGCUGCGCUGUGAGGAGUGGCUACUGACUGCACAGCUGCAGAGUCUGCGCAGACAGAUGAUGGAGCGACAGGAUGAGGCAGUUUACUACGACGCCUUCGAGAGCCCUGAUGCCAUGAAGGGUGACGAAGACUUUGUAACGCCACCAUCGUCUCUCAGGGAUGAAGAACUGAGCAUCCUGCAGAAGAGGACGCGGCAGCUGGAGGCCCGCAGGGGCCGCAUCACUGCCAAGAAAGUCUACCUCAAACAUAAGAAGGAAAUUUGCAUUGUUAAUCACAACAAGAAAAUGCUACAGCAACAAGAAAGCAGCACUGACCGCAGCUCUCUGCAGAAGGAAGAAGAGACUGAGGAAGAUGAACAUAAAAGAAAUGCCUCAGUGUGUCAAGAGAGGCAGAGGGCUCUGGACAGACUUCGCAGCCUCAAACAGCGGUAUCCAGGUCAGGUGACUCUGAGGUCCAGCCGGCAGCGUCUGAGUCAGACUCGGAGGCGAGCCGGCCAGCAGCCCUGUACCCAGGCGGUCAGCGUUCAGACCGACUCCGUCUCAGAUCUUCCACAACUCUCUGCUCCUCCUCCAGCUGAUACCUGCAGCUGUGACAGUGUGUCCUUACCACCUGUUGACCUCCAAAGUCAGGACGCUCCUCCUCCUUUCCUCUCCCUGCCUCCUUUAACAUCACCUCCAUCUAUCCUCUCACUAGGAACCCCGCCCCCACCUCCACCACCGCCCCCUCCUCCUCCUCUACCCCCUCCUUCACUUCCUCCUACUGAGAGCCUCACCACCAGUCCAGUGCAGCAGCGUAAAUGUGAGUCUGAAUCCACCUCGCUGCCGCUGGCAUCGUUUUCUCCUCGGUUUUUUGACAACAGCCAGUUGCUGACAGCAAGGAAGAAGCUUCGCAAAACCACUUCUCUGGAUUCGUCACAGUGGAGGAGAGUGAGUUCGCCCAUGGACGAAGUGCUGGCGUCUCUGAAACGAGGGAGUUUCCACCUGAAGAAAGCCGAGCUGCGGGUCCUGGGCCCCGACCCGGACGACGAAAGCAACAACAUCCUGGCUCAGAUCCGACAGGGCGUUCGUCUGAAGAAGGUCCGUACCCGUCCGGAGCAACAGCGCCACCUAAAGAGUUUCCCGCACUCAGCUGACGCUCUGACUCGCAGCAUCCACGAGGCCCUGAGGAGAAUCAAAGAGGCUUCGCCAGAGUCUGAGUCUGAGGACGAAGGCCUUCCCUGCGCCGACUGGGAGAACUAGGAAAUGGGCAAAUCUGAGAGGAAACGACGACCUGAGUCCAGCAGGGUCACAUGAGGACACCUUGGUGCAAUUUGAACAAAAACAAACAUUUUUUAAUAUCAGCAGACAUUUGUUUUCAUACUUGUGUUUGUAAAACCAGACCACAGAACUUCUUCGUUACUGUUCUCUCUGUGAGGAAAGCACCUCUGACCUCUCGUUACGUCGGAGUCGUACUGUAGCUUUCUGUGAUGGGUGUGUUUUAGGCAGCACACGUUUGGUUCCUCUCAGAUACGUCACAACAAGCGUUUACACCGCAGAAUUCACCACCCCUCUUCUUACAGGAACAGCUUUGGACAAAUAAUUCAGAUCAGUUUUUACUUUUCUAAACUGGUGCAUUUAGAAUAAAAUAUGGGAUAAAAAGGACAUCAGCUCAGUUCUAAACUUUAAAAUAUACAGUUAAUCCACAACCUCACUCUGACUUAAAGCCUUUUAAACUGGGAUUAAACCCAUCAGUGAU